AACAUUUCAUUCAAGCUCGCCAUAAUACAAAAUCAAUAUGGCGACCAUAACAGAGUGUUCUUAUUUUUAAUUGAACUAUUCCAUUAAAUGUUCUUUAUCUUAACCUGUGGUUUGUGUAUGAGCUCUUGAAUAAUAAUAAGUGAAAGUCGUCUUAGUAGCGAUAGAAAUGUCACGCGGGAGUUACCAAGAUCUGCGCCGUCAUCUCUUAGAAGAGGAAGAGGGUGCUGACUUCGUAAGUUAUGAUGAUGAUGAUCUUCAAGCAGCCGCAAGAUUGAAAAGGAAACGACACAGGGUAAGAGCAUGUUUAUGGAUCAGUUGUGGUGUUUUUAUUAUUGCUUUGAUUGGAGUUGGACUGUUUUUUGGUACUGGUGGGAUAAAGAACACAUUUUUCCCUCACAAGCAUUCUCGUCUUGGGAAGUAUAAACAUGCAGCGGUGGCAUCAGAUGUUACUCAAUGUUCCCAGAUUGGCAGGGACAUUCUGGAAAAGUUGGAAGGGAAUGCGGUAGAUGCAGCCAUAGCAUCUUUACUAUGUAUGGGGCUCACAGACCCUCAGAGCAUGGGGUUAGGUGGUGGUUUCUUUAUGACUAUCUAUAAUAGGACCACUGGAGAAAGUUACAGUAUUGAUGCCAGAGAAACUGCCCCACUUAAUGCAACAGAAGAUAUGUAUUAUCACAAUGAAAGCUCUACAAAUGGUGGUCUAGCUAUUGGUGUGCCUGGUGAAAUACGUGGUUACGAGGACGCCUGGAGAGAUUAUGGAAGCUCACAUUUGUCAUGGUCAGAUCUUUUCAAGCCAGCUAUUGACAUGGCUCAAAACGGUUUCAAAGUGCCAAAAUCACUGGAAAAUGCCCUGAAUGACUUUUUAGAUGAUCAUAAAAGUUCUGAUAUCAAAACAACAUACCCUCAGUUUUGGAAAACCUAUCAUAACUCUAAAACAGGAGAGUACUAUAAGGAAGGGGAGGUAAUAAAGCUACCAGAGUUGUCUCAAACUUUGGUUACUCUGUCAAAAGAAGGUGCAGACGCAUUUUACCAGGGUAGUCUGACAUCACUCAUUCUGGAGGAGUUCCGGUCUUCAGGUGCUAUAAUUGGAGAAGAGGACUUGAAACAAUAUAAAGCAGUGACCCAGAAAUCAUUGAAGGUCAAACUGACCAAUGGUUACACUAUUUAUGCCCCAGAGUCUCCGUCCAGUGGUGCUAUACUAAUGUUUAUACUCAAUAUAUUAGAUGGUUAUAAUAUAACACCAGAUGAUGUUAAGACUACAGACGGGCAAGUGUUAACCUAUCAUAGAAUAAUAGAAGCAUUCAAGUUUGCCUAUGCUAAGCGGACAGAUCUAGCUGAUGGAGCAUUCUGGCCUAAUGUCACCAAUCUUGUAGCAAAUCUGACAUCAAGAGCCUAUGCAGAUUCUAUUCGUGAAAUGAUUUGGGAUAAUCAAACACACCCUUAUCAAUAUUACGGACCAACGUUUUAUCAAGACAAUAAAACAAGCACAGCCCAUCUGUCAGUGGUGGAUAAGUUUGGUAAUGCUGUGUCUGUCACUAGCACUGUCAAUACAAGGUUUGGUUCAAAAGUGUUUGGAGCAAAAACUGGUAUAGUUUGGAAUAAUGAAAUGGAUGAUUUUGCAACUUCAAAUAAACCUAACGAUUUUGAUGUAUAUCCGUCACCAGCCAAUAAGAUUGUGCCAAAGAAACGACCACUCUCGUCCAUGUGUCCAGCUGUAUUUGUUGACAGUGAGGGAGAUGUCAGACUUGUCGUAGGGGCCGCUGGAGGGUCCAAGAUCACCACGGCAACUGCUUAUGUUGCAGCGAGGGUAAUGUGGUUUGGUGAGAAUAUAGAACAAGCAAUAGAUGCAUUACGUUUGCAUCAUCAACUGUUGCCACCUUAUUUCUCCUAUGAGACAGGAUUUAAUAUGGAGAUAGUUAAGGGGUUAAAGGCGAAAGGUCACAAUGCAUCGGAGAUCGCUGUGGGCAAGUCUAUUGUACAGGGUAUAGUGAGAGAUGGUGGAUAUCUGUAUGCAAAUAGUGACUAUCGUAAAGGUGGUCUCACUGCUGGAUACUAAAUUGUCAUCUUUAUACAUUGAAGUAAGGGAACAAAUACUUGAUGAAUCAAAGAUAGGAAAAAUGUGCUUAUGAACCCAUACAAGAAUGUAGGCGAGCCCCCAUAUUGGUGGUUUUGCAAAUAAUUUAUGAUGUGACAAAAAAAGUACUGAAAAUAGGUAAACAUGAAAAUUGAUAAAAGGAGCCAAGUUAUUAUAAUUAUAAUAUUAUUCUGGAAACAUUUAAAUAAUAAUUAUCAACUUCACAAAGUUUAAACCUCCAACGUUUCGAGGGGAUAAACCCCUCUUUAUCAUGGAGUUUCUGUUUAUUUUUAUGUUCUUGUCUUACACUAUGUUUUGUAUACAGGAAACAGAAACUCCUUCCCAUCGAAACGUUGGAGGUUUAAACUUUGUGAAGUUGAUAAUUAUAAUGAUAAUAGUUGACAUUAGUUGAUAUUUUUUUAUGUUAUUUUAUAUAAGCGUUUGUAAACAGUAGGAGUACUGGCCUUAUUGAAUCAAAAAUGAAUAGGAGAUAUUGAUUAUGUAUUUGUAACCAUUUGUUUUUGAAGCAAGAAAAAUAGGAUUCUAGAAUAACAGAAUAGAAAUUAAAAAAUGCUAAUAGAAAUGAUAACAAAAUGUUACAUUACAUUUAGCUGAGGAUUAAUUUUGAUAAUAUUAGUAGUGUAAAGCAUCUUUGAAAAAUGUUUUAAAUCAGGGUAUAUGUGUGAUAAUUUAAACUGUUAGAUGUUGUGUUGAUUGUUAAUGUUGUUUUACGUAUAAAGCAUUGGAUUCAUUUCUUUAAAGUGACAUUAUGCUCAUAUUUUCAUAGUCAAGUUGAGCUUUUUAUAUUUCAAAAGAUUGUCUGUCAAAAUGGUGUUUGACAAACAGAUGAUAUUGGAAAAUGUUAAGGAUAAAAUUCUAAAUCUGCCUAAAAUAUAAAAAGACUGCCCCACUCUUUUUAUAAACUAAGCUUUAUAGGUAAUUUCUAAUGGAUUUUUACAGAAAUUUCGUUUGGAUCUGUGAGUUAUUUAUUGGUUCUGUGAACUAAAUUAUAAAAUUAAAAGGAAUUAUGACAAAAAUGAAAACUUAUUUUGAUCUUCACCCUUCACUCACUAUAUACCCUUGGAUCGGCAUAAUGUCACUUUAAAAUCAAAAAGGAGAUUUGUAAAUCCAAUUUUGUAACAAGUCCUCAAAAUGAUGAACUGUGAUUGUAAUUUAUUAAUAGAUGAUUAUAUUAGUGAUAUUAUUGUAUUUAACUAUUUUUAUGUUUGUUAUUUUUUUGUUGUUACGUACAUUUAUUUCUUAAACAGUUCUCAAGUUAUAUAGAUAUUAUUAUUUUUUUGUCUUUUAUGUACAAUGUGUAUUAACAAGUAAGAUUGAAUUUGAUUGUGAUAAUCAACAGUUUGAAAAUUUAAUGAUUUUAGUUAUCAUUUUAAAUGGAUCCUUUGCCAUUUUUAUGUGAUUAUUUCGGCCCAAGAUUACCAACAAAUAAUGCUACAUGUAUGUUUUAAACCAGAACCUUUGAUUUAUCAAUUGCUGCCAGUAUAAAGCCAGGCCAGCAUGUGAACAAGCUUUUUGCUCAAUUUUUGAUAUUAAAAUCCCUUAAAAUUAUAAUAGGCUAUUCCAAAUUCAAAGCAGGGCAAAUCCAUUUUAUAAAUUCAGCAGGUAAAGGGUAAAAAAUUUAAACUUAAAAUUUUCUAAACAUUCCAUAUUAUCCCAGGAAUUGGUUGAUCUCUGUCUUGUUAUCUAUUUUGAUUUAUUUUUAGUUGUGCUAUUUUUGUAUGUUUUGAAUGUUUGUAACAGUGAUUUUUAUUGGAUAAUUGUGGUGUUGAUAUACUCCUGGCUGUUGUAAAUAUAUGAAGUACAGUGUAUAAUUUUUAGUAUUUUUUUUCUUGCAUUAUCUUAUAGUUGUGUCAGGUAAUAUUGCUGUGUGUAACUGGUUGUUUGCAAUAUAACCUUUUGAUUUGGGUUAUAUUUGCUUACAUCCAUUUAUACCAGGCCAUAUGAAAAACUUAAUUUAUGUAAGUAUAAUAUAUUUUGCUCAAUUCUUAUUAUACCCCCGCACAACAAAGUUGUAAGGGGGGUAUACUGGAAUCAGCUUGUCCGUCCGUCCGGCCGUCCGGCCGUCGGUUUUUUCUUGUCCGCCCAAUAACUUAAGAUUCCUUUGACCCUUAGUCUUCAUAUUUGGCAUGGAGGUUAGUCAUGAUUAGUAGAUGACCCCUAUUGAUUUUGAGGUCACUAGGUCAAAGGUCAAGGUCACAGGGGCCUUGACUUCAAAAAGCUUGUCCGCCCAAUAACUUAAGAUUCCUUUGACCCUUAGUCUUCAUAUUUGGCAUGGAGGUUAGUCAUGAUUAGUAGAUGACCCCUAUUGAUUUUGAGGUUACCAGGUCAAAGGUCAAGGUCACAGGGGCCUUGACUUCAAAAAGCUUGUCCGCCCAAUAACUUAAGAUUCCUUUGACCUACAGUCGUCAUAUUUGGCAUGGAGGUUAGUCAUGAUUAGUAGAUGACCCCUUUUGAUUUUGAGGUCACCAGGUCAAAGGUCAAGGUCACAGGGGCCAUGACUUCAAAAAGCUUGUCCGCCCAAUAACUUAAGAUUCCUUUGACCUACAGUCAUCAUAUUUGGCAUGGAGGUUAGUCAUGAUUAGUGGAUGACCCCUAUUGAUUUUGAGGUCACCAGGUCAAAGGUCAAGGUCACAGGGGCCUUGACUUCAAAGAGCUUGUCCGCCCAAUAACUUAAGAUUCCUUUGACCUACAGUCGUCAUAUUUGGCAUGGAGGUUAGUCAUGAUUAGUAGAUGACCCCUUUUGAUUUUGAGGUCACUGGAUCAAAGGUCAAGGUCAUAGGGACUUUGACUUCAAAAAGUUUGUCCACCCAUUAACUUAAGAUUCCUUUGACCCACAGUCUUCAUAUUUGGUAUGAAUGUUGAUCAUGACUAUAAGGUGACCCCUAUUGAUUUUGAGGUCACUGGGUCAAAGGUCAAGGUCACAGGGACCUUGACAAAAGAAAGCUUUUCUUCUCAAUUGCUGAAGAAUGUCCUGUCCACAAUGUAUUGAUUUUGACAUUUUCACAUUUGAAGCAUAUAGAAUACAUAACUUAGCAAUGCACUGGCUUAGUAACCUCAGAUUUGGCAGGGAGGUUGUCCUUGAGCUCUAAAUGGCCACUGUUGAUUCUGACAAAGUGGUAUGCGGGGGUAUUCACGCCAUGACAGUGGCAGUUCUAGUUUAUAAAGGUUUUUUAGCUCACCUGAGCUAGCUCAGGAUGAGCUUUUAGGAUCGUUGAAUGUCCGUCGUCCUUCCACAUUUGUUCGUUAACACUAUACUAGUCACAUUUUCACCUCAAUCAUCAUCAAACUUUGUCAGGAUGCUUGUCUAGGUAAUUGCUCGGAUGAGUUUGAUGGGUCAGGUGAGCGAUCUAGGGCCAUCUCGGCCCUCUUGUUUUUCUUCAGUGCUUGAUUAUUUAUUUGAUUAUCUAUUUAUAAUCUUUAAAUUAUUUCUGCCAUUGUAAUAACAUUAUUUGCAUAUAUUUACUACGCCGAAAUUAAAUAUCAUUUUGUAUUUUACAAUUUUAGAUGUGCUUUAAGAUAAGUUUCAAGUUUAGUAUUUCUCAUAUUCAGUCCGGCAAUCUGCCCUUAGGGACAACAUAUUUUUACAACAUAAUAAAAUGACGGACAAUGAAAUAUAAAUAUAUUAAUGAUAUUUUAUUGGAAUUGGAUUUACUCAAAUAUAUUCUUACCAGAUAUGGUCACUUAUAUAUGUGGAUCGAUAGCAUCACGCUUUUUAUACGUCCGUUUGAAAAACGGGACGUAUUAUGGGAACGCCCCUGGCGGUCGGGCGGGCGGGCAGGCGGCGUCCAAUUUUGUCCUGAGCAUAUCUCCUACAUGUAUGGAGGGAUUUUAAUGAAACUUCAUAGAAAUGUUCACCACUAUGAGGAGCAGUGUCGCGCACAUGAACCAGGUCUCUAGGACAAAGGUCAAGGUCACACUUAGAGCUCAUUGAAAAAUGCUUGUCCGGAGCAAAACUUCCACAUGUAUAGAGGGAUUUCAAUAUUACUUGGCACAAAUGUUCACCAUUGUGAGGCGGAGUGUCGCUUGCAAGAUUCAGGUCCUUGCGGCCAAGGUCAAGGUCACACAUACAGGUCAAAGUUCAGAUAAAAAUAUGAAGAUGUGUAUAUGGACCAUUUAGUCAUCAUUUAUUGAGGGAUUGUAACACAAAUGGUCAUUAUCAAGACUAUGGCUGUGAUACAUAUAAUUUAGGUCAAUAUAUACAAGGUCAAGGUCACUAAAGAUGAUGAAAUAUCCAGAUUUUGUCCGGAGCAUAUCUCCUUCACGCAUGGAGGGAUUUUAAUGAAAUUUCAUAAAAAUGUUCACCAUUAUGAGAAGCCAUGUCAGGCACAUGAACUAGGUCUCUAGGUCAAAGGUCAAGGUCACACUUAGAGCUCAUUGAAAAACGCUUGUCCGGAGCAAAACUUCCACAUGCAUAGACUGAUUUCAAUAUAACUUGGCACAAAUGUUUACCAUUGUGAGGCGGAGUGUCGCGCACAAAAUUCAGGUCCCUGCAGCCAAGGUCAAGGUCACACAUAGAGGUCAAAGUUUAGAUAAAAAUAUGAAGAUAUGUAUAGGGACGAUUUAAUCAUCAUUUAUUGAGGGAUUGUAACACAAAUGGUCAUUAUCAUGACUCUGGCUGUGACACAUGUAGCUUAGGUCAAUAUAUGCAAGGUCAAGGUCACUAAAGAUGGUGAAAUAUCCAGAUUUUGUCUGGAGCAUAUCUCCUACAUGUACGGAAGAAUUUUUAUAAUACUUUAUGGAAAUGUUCACCACCAUGAUAUGUAUUGCUCCAUGCAUGAUCCAGGUCUCCAGGUCAAAGUCACACUUAGAGCUCAUUGAAAAACGCUUGUCCGGAGCAAAACUUCUACAUUCAUAGGGGGAUUUCAAUAUAACUUGGCACAAAUGUUCACCAUUGUGAGGCUGAGUGUGGCACGCAAAAUUCAGAUCCCUGCGACCAAAGUCAAGGUUACACAUAGAGGUCAAAGUUCAGAUAAAAAUUUGAAGAUGUGUAUAGGGACCAUUUAGUCAUCAUUUAUUGAUGCAUUGUAGCACAAAUGGUAACUAUCAUGACUACAGGUGGGACACAUUUAAUUUAGGUUAAUAUUUGCAAGGUCAAGGUCACUGGAGAUGAUUAAAUAUCCAGAUGUUGUCCGGAGCAUAUUUUCUACAUGCAUGGAGGAAUUUUAAUGUUACUUUAUAGAAUUGUUCUCCACCAUGAGACAUAGUUCCCUGCACAUGAAUCAAGUCUCUAGGUCAAAGGUGAAGGUCACAGUUAGAGCUCAUAGAAAAACGCUUGUCUGGAGCAAAACUUCUACAUGCAUAGAGGGAUUUCAAUAUAAUUUGGCACAAAUGUUCAUCAUUGAUGCUGAGUGCCGUGCAUAAAAUUCAGGUCCCUGCGACCAAGGUCAAGGUCACACAUCCUGUGCAUAUCUUCCCUACUGAUUUGUUUUAAGGUUCAUUUAACAACACAGUGCCAAGAAUAAAAACUUGCUUGCUAGAUAACACUUAUCCAUAAUGCCCCCAUCUCCAUCUAAAGCUUUCGUAAACGGGCGUAUUUUGUGACUAUGGCACCCUUGUUAACUUUCAUGCAGCUUUCAAUAUCAGCAUUCUAUGUCCCUUUUAAGUGGGAAUGGGUUAAAUCGUUGAAUAAGAGGGUAAUAUUUAAUACUUUUUACAAAUUGAGAAGCUUUUUUGAUUGGAUAUUACCUCGAGCUUAAUUUUUUAUGAUGUAUAUAAAAUAUUUAUUUUUAUGUUGUUAUUUAUUUUCUCUUGGUAUUUAAAUUUAUGUCUACAUAGUUCUUGAAAUUCAAGUAAGUUAUACAAUAAGGCUGAUAUAGUAAUGUUUAAUCUGUCGCAUUCCAGAAAAAUUAUGUGUGAUAAAAUAUCCAGCAUUUAUAUUUUUUUAUUGCUUUCCCAUUUAAUUAUAUAAUUUCAUCUACUAAAUAUGUUACAGGGCUUCCAUUAGGUUCCAAAAUUUGGAAGUAUGUCUAUGUUUAACAUUGGAAGUCACAUUAUAUAGGUAAAGAAGGAAAAGCAUCAUAUUUUGGAAGUCACAAGUCAAAAUAAUGGUGUAUAUGACUGACUGCCAAACUUCUAUUUAUAGAAGCCCUGGGUUAAUGUUUGUUAAGUCAGUAUUUAUUCCAUUAAAUCAGUUGAGUGACUGUUUACAGCCAGACAGAUUUAUUUAUAGUAAUGCUGACAAACAAACAUUAACUUAUACAUAUUUGUAAAUUCAUUUAAAAACUUACUUUAAAGGAUCCGAUUUAUAUUCAAAAUUAAUCUCAAAUUAUGUAAUAUGAUUCCAUUAUAUGAAUGUUUAUUUUUAAGUUUUCAUUGCAGAUUUUUAUGAUUUAUGAAAGUAAUCCUUACAUUACUAGUAUGGCGUGUUAACCACUAGGCCAGGCUACCACUAAAUUAUUAGCCUUUAUCAUUAACCAUUAUAGUCAGGCUUACACUUUGUAGCUCUAUUUUUGAAAUUUGAAGUUAAAAUCCCAUAAUUUUUAAAUGGACUGUUGGAAAAUUAAAAGCUGGGCAGGCUAUGGGUUAUUGUGUGAAAAGGAAUUUACUAGCGUUAUAACUUUAAUAUUCUGUCAGUUUAUUAAUUUUAAUAUUAAAGAAACCAUGCUUGUUAGUGUAUAAAACUAUAUUGGGCUGUUUGUAAGCAGUAGAUUAUUGGACUGUAUCUUAACAAAAUUGAAAGAACAAGAUUUUUUAAAUACAUAUAUCUGAUAGAAUGAUGGUAAUUUGAGAAGCUUGUUACCUAUUUGAAAUGGCUGUUGAGUAUUUUUAAAAGGGAACACCAAUUUUACAUAUAUUUAGUGAUUUUUUGGACAAACUCUGACAAACUCUUGGUCACAUUUGAAAAGAAGAAUGUGUAUUUGUUUUGAAAUUUGUGUAGUAUAAUCUGUCAGUUUUAGCUCCACAUAAAUUGAAUCUCUAAAAUGGCUGUUUAUCAUUGACACUUAAAAUAAGGGAUUCCAACAUUAAAAUAAGGGAUUCUAACAAUAAAAUAAGGGAUUUAAACAUUAAAAUGAGGGGUUUCAACAUUAAAAUAAGGGGUUUCAACAUUAAAAUAAGGGGUUUCAAUAUUAAAAUAAGGGAUGCCAACAUUAAAACAAAAAUUUUCAGUUUUCAAAAUCCUAAAAUUGAGUUAUGAACAGUAUUCAUUCUGGUCAAAAUGCUUGGGCAUGCAGGCUGGUCUGGCUUUAUACUGAUGCUUUACAUGUUGGCAAGUCUUAUUGUGAUUAGUUCUUAAAGGGUUUAUGUAAUACAUAUCAGAUUUAUGUGAAGUAACAAAUAUUGAUUAUUGACCCUUCCUUAAUGUACUGGUUUAUAUUUACACCAUUUAGUCAUUUUUUCACUCAAGUUUUUACAUUUCUUAUGGUAGAUAUAGAAAUCCUAAAUAUUUAUUUUGCUUUUUUUACAAAGAUGUAUCACGCUAACAAGCUUACAUUUAUUGAGAAGUCUUACUUUGGGGAAGAAAUAAUACUGUAAUAGUUCUGACAGAUAAUUUUUUUUAUUGCUUUUUAAUCUAUAAUUUUUUUCAAGGGCUUUUUCAAUAAAUUAGUAAAUAUUUUGUUUGCUGAAUUAAUAUAUGCAGAAUUCUUCAUCUAACAGAUUAUUAGAAAAGUUUUAUUUUUCUCUAGUAUUUUAUAAAUAAUGCUUACCAAUACAUUACCAUGGUUAAAUCAUGUAACAUUUAAAAGCCUAUUUAUCUGAUUACUGUAGGUGUGCAAUAUAUUCAGUGAAUAAAUUGUCUUGAAUUA